AUGGCGCGACUUCUAUCUCAUCUUCGAGCGUGGCUCGUCACGGCUUCAGUAGCCCGUGCAGCCCUCCUUCCGCUCGAGUCUCGCCAGAGCAGCACCACUAUUACCUCCACUGGGAAUCCCAUCUUGGCCGAUGGCACGAUCUACUCGGCAGAUCCGGCGCCACUUGUGGUCAAUGACACGGUCUACAUCCUGGCCGGUCGCGAUGAGGCUGGCCCGGCUGAGAACUCGUUCAGAAUGAACCAGUGGCAGAUAUUUGAGUCCAAGACCGCGACACCCUCAGGUGGAGAAUGGACAUUGCACCAGAAUGUUGCAGUGCCUCAGACAGUGUUCAAAUGGGCGAGCCAGGGCACUGCAUACGCCAGCCAAAUCGUCCGUGGUCCGGAUGGCCGGUAUUAUCUCUAUGCGCCCGUCACCCAGGCCAACUCGCCCAAUUCGGACCCAUUUGCUAUUGGCGUUGCUGUAUCGAGCAGCCCUCUUGGGCCUUUCACAGAUGCCCAUCCGUCCGGGCCUAUCAUCUCCCAGAGCGUGCCAGUGCAGAACAACAUCCAGAACAUCGAUCCCACGGUGCUCGUCGACACGGACGGCAAAGUGUACCUCUACUGGGGCACGUUCGGCCAGCUGAAGGGCGUCGAGUUGGGUACGGAUAUGAUCACGGUCAAGAGCAGCACUAUCGUGACUGUCAACUCCCUGAACGGGUUCUUUGAAGCACCUUGGCUCAUGAAGCGCAAAGACACGUACUACAUGCUCUACGCCGGGAACAACGCCGGACCAACCUCGCCAUGCACGCCUACCAGCUACCAUGCGUGCAUCGCCUACGGAACUGCUUCCAACCCUCUCGGCCCAUGGACCUACCGAGGCAUUGCCCUGGGCAUCGUCUCUUCAACGACCUCGCAUCCAGGUGUGUUCGAGCAGCCAGCAGGCUCAGGGAAGUACUUCCUCGUCUACCACACCCGCGACGCCGCCAACGGGACGCACUUCCGCCGGAGCGUCGCCUUCGACCAGCUCAACUGGGACGACACCACGACGCCCCCGUCCAUCAAGAAGGUGACCCCGACCAAGAGGCCCGGCCCGCCGCGCACGCCGACCCGCAACAUCGCACCGGCAGCGACCCCGUCGUCGGCCAACGGCACGCCAAUCCAGUACUGGAUCGCGGCGAUCAACGACGGCCGCGUGGAGGCCGCUCCGCUCCCGCCGGACUACUGGAGCUCGUGGUCCGAGCAGUCACCCUCCAGCAACACCCUGACGUACACGUGGAACACGACGGUGCAGCUCAACGGCGUGGCCAUCGCCUUCUUUGCCGACUCGCCCGCGGGCGCCACCGCCGGCGUCGCGCCCCCGGCCUCGUGGUGGGUGGAAUACCUCACCGACAACGGGCAGUGGGCUCGCGUCGCGAACAGCACUGCGUUCUCGACCGCGGUCACCAACUCCCCUGCCGAGACCAAGUUCACGACUGUCUCCACCAAAUCCAUCAGGGCUAUUCUGAACCCCUCGGGCAGGAGUGGCGCCUAUGCCGCUGUUGGAGUCAAGGAGUGGUUUGCUUAUCAGCCUACUGCUUCGUAA